AUGAAUGAACAAGUAAAACCGGAAUUUCCCAUAGAAAUUGACCGACGAUUAGAAGCUCAAUGCGAACGUCGCAAAUCAGUUCGUUUCAGCCGAUUCGAAAAAGUGUACUACACGCAUCCAGCGAACAUUUAUGACCGAUCCCCGAUCCACCGAGAGUCGUCGUGGAAUUAUUAUAAGCAGCAGCAUCAAGCUCAUGUUCCGAUUGCCUCUCAAGAACAUGAAUUGACGCGAUCGGUUGGAGUUCCGGUCACUGUAAAUAUGUCCGGAAUAAUAAGCACGCCGGUCCAAACGAUUGCUGCACCACAUCAUCAUUAUUCGCAACCACAUCAUCAUUAUUCGCAACCACAUCAUCAUGUUAUGCCUACGUCACUUUUAACGACGGCAUACACGCAACAACCGAUAAUAGGAAAUUAA